AAAAUAACAGGUAAUAUGUAAAUAGAAAUACUCACGAGGUGUCGUGCAUUCUUUAGUGUUCGCUACUGGAAACGAUUCCUUUUGGUAAGUUGUACCGUGUUUCAUUUCAGGCAAUGUUGUCCCAAUUCAAUGAGACCAAUCAUUCAGGAAUUUUUCCUUAUCAAAGAUGCCUCAUCGCUAGCAUUCCUGAAGAUGCACAGCAAACAGUGCGUCACGUCACUAACUACAUCAUUGUUCCUCUUGCCAUGCUGGUAGCCUUUCUCUCGCUCUUGACCAAUGGCCUUGUUCUCACUGCUGUGAUCCGAACAAGAUCUCUUCAGAAUCCUCCACUGUUACUGCUGUGUAGUCUGUCAAUAACUGACUUGCUGUGGGCUUUGUUUUCCAUUGUCAGACACACCGUAAGAUAUACUAGUGAAGGUCUUUGCCCCGAAAAAAGCGAGGAGGGGUCUUGGUUUGCUUCCUUGUGUGUGACAGCAACCGUUGGUAACCUGACCAUUAUUAGUAGAGAUCGAUAUUCAGCGGUGAGCAAACCUUUGCUGUACCGCAGCAAUGUGAAAAAAUCACGGGUUAUAAAACAAGCUUCUGUCGUUUGGCUUUACAGUUUCCUGUCAUCUGGAUUCGUUUACGCAAACGCGCAUUCCCUUAUUUCUGGUGUAGUGCCACUACUUGCGCAAGUCAGAAUGUUGUUGCUGGUGCAUGCACGAACGUCAAGGCUUUUCAUUGCAUUGCUGAUUUCUGUCAUUUUCACCGUGGCAAUCAUCAUUUCCUUUUUACAAAAGAGCGACUUGUAUAAUUGCGCCAGUUCACCUGGUACACCGCAAGAGUCGCUUGGCCCUGCUCCAAAAGUUCCAUUCUCAACAGUUGCAGAAGGCACCCUUCCACACCGAACACAUUUAACAUCCCGUAUGCGAUGCACUCAAAAAUUAUUCCUUCUGAUUUUGGUGGUUACAGCUCCGGACAAUAUUGGUAGAAGGAACGUUAUUCGGAAAACGUGGGGAAGCGAUCCAUCAAUGAACAUAAGAUGGAAAACAAUGUUUCUUAUCGGUCAAGCGAAAGACAGUACACAGGAGGAAUAUUUAAAAGCUGAGAACCUAAUGUGCAAUGACUUAAUACGAGGAGCACAGAGAGACACUUAUCAAAAUCUAACACUGAAGACGCAAAUGGGUCUGGAAUGGGCGGCAAAAUAUUGCGACUUUCAGUUUGUAAUGAAAACGGACGACGACGUUUUUGUCAAUCCUUACAGACUGAUGGACUAUCUAGGAAACCCCGACACACCCAAAACUAAGCUGUUUCUCGGAUACGUGAGGCGAAAAGUGGUACCUCUUCGGCAAGGAAGGAAUGGAGUGUCCGUGGAAGAGUACAAUAAAAACAUAUAUCCUGACUUUUGUGGCGGCGUGGGCUACGUGCUAUCAUCAGACCUUGUCCUGAAAAUGGUGCAGAUUUUUGAUGCCAAGAAACCUUUGAAGCUUGAAGACGUGUACAUAGGUACAUUAGUGGAAAGGCUGGGACAUGAAGUAAUUAAGAGUGGUUUCAACGACCCAUCAAAUCUAAGUAUUGGAAACUGUUUUGACCCACUUUAA